GAGGGUGGAGGAAGAAGAAGAAAAACCUAAUCCGACGAGGGACCUAGUUCCAGAUCUAAUAGAAGAGAUCUUGGUAGGACUACCCUUGAGAUCCAUCCUCAGAUUCAAAAUCGUCUCAACCCAAUGGAGAUCAAUACUGGAGUCGAGGAGUUUCGCAAGGAGGAGGAGGCGUAGGAAUAAGAUUCACAUCCUAGAGGUCAGAGACAACCGGACCGAGUCACAGUUCAAAGGAGACGAAGAGGUCGAGAUAGUCUAUUUACAAUGUGAAGCCGCCGCCACAAGACCUUCGAUGACGUGUGAUGGUCUGGUUUGCAUCCCCGAACCAGGCUGGAUCAACGUUUUGAACCCUUGCAUGGGAGAACUCCUUAGAUUCCCAUCGGGGCCAAAUCCAGUAGAUACCAGUCGCUACGAUCACUAUGAUCGGCCAGUUCGUGGAGAAUUUAGGUUGGAUUUUUUGGAUUUUUUCCCGGGAUAUUGGUCGAUGGGGUUUGGUAAGGAUGAAGUUAGUGGAAGCUAUAAAAUAGUGAGAAUGUUCUUUGAUACCGACCAAACUGAAAUUCUUGAUAUUAACAUUGGUGAAUGGCGGAAACUCCCAAGUCCUCCUUACCCUGUGGAAGCCUUUAAACAUUCGGCCUUUGUGAAUGGGUCCAUCUACUGGUACCAAUUAAUUGAUGGUUACAAGAUACUCGCUUUGGACCUUCACACUGAACAGUUCCGUGAUGUCCCAAGACCGCUCAUGUGUCCUUUAGCUGCCCCUCUAGUCAACCUUGAUGAUCGUCUAGCCCUGACCACCAUUUAUAUUGCAGAUUCAUAUGAGAAUGCAGAGAUAUGGAUCAUGGAUACAAAAGAAGAAACAUGGACCAAAAUUUACUCAAUACGUAUAUUGCCUAUAUAUCGUUACCCCCGCCCCACGUGUUGGAUGUAUUGCAUUCCACUUACAAUUUCGAAGCAAGGGAAUUUUUACUUCUACGACAUCGAGAAGAGGUUGUUCAAAUAUUAUCCGAAGAUUGACCAAGUCUGUUGUAUCAAUAAACACGUUCGUGUUUUAUCUCCUUUUGUUGAAAAUAUGAUCCCACUCCAAGGUCCAAAAAUCAUGACAUACCCACCCGGAUUUCAGUAUUCAGAAUCUAGGAUAUCCAAAAUUUUUAGACAAAUCAAAUUGCCUACUACUUUGUUGCUUACCACCACUGUUGUGGCUCUUGUAAUUUUUCGUUUUUCUUCUGCUUCGUCUAGGUCUUUAUGUUAGGAUAUAUAUUGUGAUUCUUUGUGUUUCCUCUUUUCUUUUAAUAACUGGAUUGAUGCCAACUACGAUUGUUUUCUUAAAAACAAACGCUGCUUUUAUUUU